GAAAAUCACAUUUUUAUUAUAUACUACAUCUGGAUUAUAUUCAGUAAUAUUAUCAAAGCAAAGAUGCAUUAGAUGGCUUCCAUCAGUAUCUCAAAGCUUCACAGGCCUUCAACACUUUCUGGAUCCACAUUUCACUCGGUAACAUUAGGCAGCUUUCAUUUAUGUGCGGUUAGUGUUGAUGAUCGCAUUAUUUUUCACAUGCAUAUGCUCACAUAUGAGAUCGCUGGUUUCUGCGUCUUCCUGGUCUGUGUUUUUGAUCGAGUGAUUCCAGACUCAUUCAGGAGAUUCGUAACAGCGCCCCCUAGCGUAUAACAGCGAGAACACGCAAACCAGGAAAAUUCUGUGUUUGGCGGGGAAAGAGUUAAUGUUCUUACAAUAAUACAAAUAAACAUUCAAAUAACGUAAUAUUUUAGGUGAAAAUAAAGUUUGAAGAAAAUUGUAUGUAACUUUUAAAUAACAUUAUAAUCAGGGAAAUUUUCAACAUUUUAUAAACAUUUCAAAACAAUGUUAUUUGUAAGGCAGCAGACAUUAGAAUGAGGAAGACUUUUGAUUUAUUGACACGAGUGAUCAGAUCACAAGCGAACAGGGAAAUACACGCGAUGGGGAUUUUUUUGCAUUUUUUGUGCAGAUACCAACCUGUCAAUCAGUCACGUCACACCUCACUGUUUCCAGAUGCCAAAAAACAGUAUGUUCUAUCAGCUCGUUUUUGAUCAAGAACCACCCACUUAGACCGAAAGAGAGCGUCUGAUUGGCGUGAGAAGCGACCUGAUGUGAAGUUUGAGGGCAGGUUGUGUCAGAAUCGCGUGUCAUGCCUACUUCUGUCCAGAGCUUGAAUUCUUCAACUCUUUGAAGUUUUUCUGCCAUGACCCUCACAAACUAAGUUCUUCCUCUGAAGCACUCACUGUGUCCGUCUCUGAACCUGUGAACAUGGCUUUGACUGGUAAAGACCUGUCCAUGUAUGCGGUCAGUCAGCUGCGGGCAUGACAUCCUUCAGAUGUGGGUUUUUCUCACGCCAACCCCGACAGUCAGUUCCUGAAUCCACACCAGCAGGCCUUUAAGGCUGGUGCAGAACUCGUUUUUCUGGGCCUUUUCUGUGGUUUUGGAAAGUUUCAGGAACCAGCACAGGCCAACCAAUUCUGCAGAAACUGAAGAAGUGUGAAUCAGCAGAAUCGAAACCCUCAUGACUGUUCAAAUCACAAAUCACCGCUCCUGCGUCUUCACUGGCUCCUAGCAGUGCUUAGUUCUGUUUGACACAUCUCAGAAUUCUGCAGACUUGACCAAAGCCAGUCUUACAAUCAGUGAAUAACUGAACUCCUGUUCUUUUAGUUUCACUUUAGACUGAAACAACAUGUGGCUAUAAAUGUUUGAGUAGUAAACACUCUGGCAGACGGCGUGUUGUUUUGGAUGGUUAGCUGUGUUGCUGGUGUUGUAUACGAAGCGUGUUGCUGAUGUGUCUUACAUGCGGACUGUUACAUACACUGGCGCUCUAUUAAUAAAUGUGACUUGACUUAAAUAGAGCACAUUUAAGAGUGUGUAAAAAGCUUCAUUAUGACUAUAAAAUCUAACCCUUUCCCGGCAGACCAUCAUCUCUGAGGGGUUUGGCGUUUGAUUCUCUAGCUUCGUAAAAAGUAAUCCCCUACGGCCCUAACAGACAGUAACCGGUCCAUCACUAGCUCUAGUGUCCUCUCGCAUUCGAGUAACAAACACCGUUGAAUCAAAACUCAAGUAAACACUUAUUUGAUAAGGAGUGAUAUAUUCAGUGUAAUAAUGUUUAGUCAGCGAGACGUUAUUGUAAAAUCUUCUUCAGGGUUACUCAAGACUUGUUUAUUUUCUCAUAAUGACCGGCUGACUGUACAGUAUUCCUUAUAUAAUACAGUCUGUUUACAGCUGUAUGACUGUAAUGCAUAUGAGCAACUGAAUUGCUAAAUGUUUACUGUUUGUGUGCCUGUGAUGGGCUUUGUGGCUCCAAACUGGCAGAACCGGUCAGUCGCUCUCUGUUCGUGGGUUUGUCCCUAAUCACCCUUGAGACGCCGCCCGUCCUGACCCUUCCAGACGGGCUACUUUAUCUCUGCCGAUUACAGACCGCAUAAACACUGUGAGCUGGAUUUGUGCUGGACUGUAAACAGAUAGUGUUGCCACAGACCAAGAAAUCCGUCGCUGUCUGGUUACACAAGUGCAUUAAAUCGUGGACUUGCAAUGCAACUUCAUAAUGUUGUUUUUAGGAAAUACAUUGUAUAAGUAUAGCUUUAUUAAAACUUUGUUAGGCCUAUAUGUUUGUUAUACUGUGGUGGGCUAAUUCAUAUUUAAUAAAAAAAAUAAAAAUAAAUUGGCAAAAUAACAGAUACAUAAAUGCUCUUUUUUUCCCAUUAAUGCCUUUUCAUUUUUAAAGUGUAUUUGUAUAUUUGGCCUGGUGUUCACGUGUUUCUACUUUAAUUUAAUGACAUCCGAAAAGCUUUUUAUUAUUAAUGGACAUUAAUAGAAAUACACUGAGCUUAAUUGGAUUGACUAGGCUAUUGCUUGCAAAAAAAAAAUAAAAAAUAAAUAAAAGGUGAACUUUUUGGUUUACUUCCAUGUUGAACAUGAACAAAAGUGAUGUUGCUCAUUUCUAGAGUCGCAUACAUUUGAUUUAAACCGACUGAUUGUUGAAAUAUCAGUGAAUUUUAAAUUUAUAAUUUUCCUGUAGCUAUAUUUCUGUUCACACUGUACACUUAUUCAAUAUCGCAACUGUGAUAUUAACCACAGAGACCCCAGAACAAAUGAUUCGAACACCUUCACGGUUCAGUUCAAGCAUCAGUUCGAGUUCGAUCGAUUCACUAAAGAGAGCCGACCGAGAUCGAGCCUCGCGCGCUUUCGGGAUGACGUCAUGUUUAAAGCUCCACGCGGCGGUGGGAGGAGCUUGAGAGCGAGUUCAGCUUUUCAAAACAAGUCUGGGAAGUUCAGCGAGAGAGAAACCGGCAGAAACUCUAAAUGAAGAGGCGCUUGGAGGCGAGAGCUCCGUCUAAUAAUGCACUGGGAGCAGCUGCUGCGAGCGAGGGACGGGAAGAUCGAGAGGCUGGAGGGCGGUCUGGCCCAGGCGUGCGGGGCUGAUGGUUCGCUGCUGGGCUCGGAGGACGCCGGUCUCGACCCCCAGCGCACACGGCAGGCCAUAGCACAGCUGCAGCAGAAGAUCCUGAAGCUCACGGAGCAGCUGCGCAUCGAGCAGGCGGCCCGCGACGAGAAUGUGGCCGAAUACCUCAAACUGGCCAGCAACGCCAGCGACAAACAGCAGAGCUCCCGCAUCAAACAGGUGUUUGAGAAGAAGAACCAGAAGUCUGCGGCGAGCAUCGCCCAGCUGCAGCGCAAGCUGGAGCAUUACCACCGGCGUCUGCGAGAGGCGGAGCACAGCGGCGUGCAGCGGCAGCCCAAAGACGUGCUGCGCGACAUGCAGCAGGGCCUGAGGGACGUGGGGGCCCGGGUCAUCACGGGCCUCAGCGAGGGCGUGGUGGACAGCCUACACUCAGCCGCCGGGGCCGUGGCCUCCAAACCGCGUGAGAUCGCCUCGCUGAUCCGCCACCGCUUCGGCAGCGCAGACAACAUCAGUGUGCUGAGAGACGGGCCGGAGGAGGCCGAGGACGGAGCCGCUGCCGCACACCUGCAGUCCAGCCCCAAGUUCGGUAGCGAUGAGGACUGUUCUAGCGCCACCUCGGGAUCCAACAGCGUGACGGGGGCCCCCGGGGGCCCGCCCAGCUCCAGAGGGAACACGCUGGAGCGGGGACACAGCGGCAGCCUGGACAUGCUGAUGCAGGAGCUGCAGGAGCUGCGAGAGGCACAGACACGUCUGGAGGAGACGCUGGAGAGUGUGAGGAGCGGAUAUAUGAAGGAGUGCAGUCUAGUGAUGCAGGCACUACAGGAGGAGAGGUUCAGGUGUGAGCGCUUGGAGGAACAAGUCAACGAUCUGACAGAGCUCCACCAGAACGAGAUCCUGAUCCUGAAACAAGAGCUGGCCAGCAUGGAGGAGAAGAUCGCGUACCAGUCCAACGAGAGGGCCCGAGACCUGCAGGAGGCCCUGGAGGCGUGUCAGACGCGCGUCUCUAAGAUGGAGCUGCAGCAGCAGCAGCAGCAGGUGGUUCAGCUGGAGGGCCUGGAGAACGCCACGGCUCGCACCCUCAUCGGCAAACUCAUCAACGUGCUGCUGGCCCUCAUGGCCGUGCUGCUGGUCUUCGUCUCCACCGUCGCCAACUGCGUGGUCCCGCUGAUGAAGACGCGCAGCCGCUCCGUCUCCUCGCUGCUGGUCUUCCUGCUGCUGGCCGUGCUCUGGAGGAACUGGGACGCUUUCUCAGGACACACCUCUCGCCUCCUGCACGUGCCCUGAUGAGCCAUGGGAGAACUGCUGCUUUCAGACCAUUUUGCACAGUGUUUCGAAUGCCUUGGGUGCAUUGCUCUUGAAUGAGGUUAAUAUUAAUAUCAUUUGUAUUUCUAAUAUGAUUUUAGUUGAAUGUAGCGUUCUGCAUUAGCUCACACAAAAAUGAAAAUUUUGUCAUUUCCUCAGUGUUGUGAGUAAACACUCGUAUGCUGGUGUCUCUUCUGUUGUACACAAAGGGAGACAUUUCCAGCUCUUUUCAUGCGGCUCUUUGUGUGCAAUGAUAGUGACUCAAAAUGAUGACGAACAUUUGAAUGAACAGAAACUGUGAACUGUGAACUGAAAAGAGCUGUUCUGUAACUACUCCUUCUGUGUCCAGUGAAAGAACAGCAUCGUACGUGUAACAGAUAAUGAACGUGAAUGUUUGGAUGAAGCAUUCGCUCUGAAGGAGGGUUUUACGUCUGAAGGAGGACUCAAGUCUCCUGCGUGGAACGGAGCGAUGGACACAGCAGAGAACAUCCUUCCUCUGCUUUCGUUACUCUUAUUAUUUUUAAGAAGUCAAAGGAUGUUGGCUGUUUACUAGCAUUAUCUGAUGUAAAACACUGUUUUAAAUGAAGUAUUAAUUUAUUGAAUAUUGCACCGCCUUACUGGACCUGUGACAGACAGCAGAGAAAGACACUGCUACUGCUUAUUCAUAAUGUCUAUAAUAUCAAAAUACAGUAUUUCUGAUGUUGUGUUUGAUAUUAUGAUGGAGAGGGGUUUUUGGUGAUAGUCUACUGUAGUGGUGGAUCGGGACUGUUCUUAUGAAUUGAGACCGCUGUGUGUGUUUGAUCAUGAGCUCGACUCAAGCUGACCAAAUCUACUCACCCCUCGACUCAUGCGUCGUUCAGAUUAUUAUGAAUUAUCACUCAUCUAACUGUACAGUAAUGUUUACUAGUUCUCAGUUGUGUAAUGAUCCUCAGGGGAAAGUCCUCUGCUGAAGCCGUAUUACGCUGCCUGUGUGUGUGUGCGUGUGCGUGUGCGUGUGCGUGCCUGUUUUUCUAUUCAGGUGGGGACUUAAACCUGAAUACACACAGACUCAUGGCGACUCGUGUGUCAAGCUAAUAAAUCACACAGAGUGAAGUUUUUUGAAAAUCUGAAAAUGCCUGUAGUCUCCUGUAAGGGGUAGGUUUAGGUGUAGGGUUGGUGUAGGACAAUAGAAUAUACGGUCUGUACAGUAGAAGAAGCAUUACGCCUAUGGAGAGUCCCCACAAGGAUAGCAAACCGUGUGUGUGUGUGUGUGUGUGUGUGAGUGUGUGUGAGUGUGUGUGUGUGUGUGUGAGAGUGUGUGUGUGUGAGUGUGUGAGUGUGUGAGUGUGUGAGUGUGUGAGUGAGAGAUUUAAAUCACUCUAGUGCCUUCACAUCUCUUGAUAACUUUUGUAAUAAAGAUCAUUUCUGACUAGA